GUGUUUAAAACAUAUUUUGUAUGUUGUUUAUUAUUUGACAUUCAAAUACAUUUGAUAGAUAUGAUUUGGUUUUCGUACAAUACUAUCAUAUACAAGUAGUAUUGGUUUCGAUAACACAAACUGCACUGAAUUUAUUCAAACCACAUGAUCAAACAUUGUUAUUCAAUAUUUCGAGUUCUUAAUAAAUAAAAAUGCCUUAAGCAGAAAAAAAAAUAUUUGUGUUAGGUAAAAGUCGGAGAUAUUUGUUUUGAAGGUUCUAAUGAAAAACAUUGAACUCAUAUGUAAGUGCAGAGUAUUUGUUAUAUAAGGGUAUGCAUAAUUAGCAAUUUUAUUCAAUUUCAACUAGCUUUUCAAGUCAAAUCCGAAAUAUUUGUUUUCGCAUUCAACAUUUCAUUAGAAAUAUUUUUAUAUUUCCUAUUGUAACCCUAAAAAGUAAUAUAAUACAAAAGUUCUCCGUCAGAAAAAAAACGCUGGUAAAUAUUUACAAAUCUCGAAUACAAUUGAACGUUAAUGUGUUUCCUAAAUGAGCUUUAAAUAAAAUAUAUUCAUCCACUAUUGUUUUGUUAAGUAUUUUAUUAAAUGUGUCCGUAUUGCAUGUAUUGUUUGUAUCAACGGGAAAUCUUUUAUAAUUCAAAAUGGCUGUUGAUAUGUUGUCAAAAACGUCGUUUGUUUUGAUGCUGUUUCUAGAGGCAGGAAACAAGAAUGCUUUGGGGAAAAGUACAACAAUACCGUGUCAUAUUAAUUACCAUGAUGAAGGACCGACUUAUCAGGACGGGGAAGGAUAUGACGUGUUUAUUUCUACACGUUGGAUGGGAUAUGAAGGUUGUUAUUCUAAUUCCUCAUUUGCACACACUGAUAUAACAGAACAACUGAAUCCUAAUUCACCAGGUCGUUGUUCAAUGAAAUGUGAAUCGUCUUCAUAUUUCGGUGUGAAGACGAACACAUGCGUGUGUUUAGAAGAUCAAAAUUGGUCAAAUAUUAACCAUAGUAAAAACUGUAUUUCUCCAUGUACUGAUCAGUGGACUAAUGCUACAUGUGGAUCAGAAGACGACUGGUACUUUGAUGUGUAUAAGCAGAUGAAAGUAUUUCAACCAGACCCAAAAGAUCAAGAAAUAUUUGAUAGAAACUGCAUGGUAGCUAAAAUGAUAGAUGAAAUCAAAGUAAUGUAUAAAGCAGUAUCUUGUUCCGAACAGCACACUGCAAUUUGCAUCUCAGAUGGAGGAGAUACAAAAAAAGUUGGUGACAUAUCUAAGAGUGACAUGAAAUCAAGUAUGGAAUGCUCACUUCCUGGAGAUCAAUGGUUGAAAACCAAUGAUGAACUACAAACCAAUACAUUUGUUUGGACGUCCUUUAUUAGGUCUAAUGUACACAUUUGGACAAAUACAAAUAAGAAAUAUGUGUUAUCACACAACAACGUUGACUGUCAACUAGAAGCAGUAAACAAGAAUACUCUUCGUUUCUUCAACUUUAAUCUGCUGUGUAUUGACUUGAUAUGUACUGUACUUAAUGAAACAGACACCAGCAAUAGUGUAACAAAUAAAGACGAUGAUAAUGCAAACACAACCAUACCGAGUGAUUCAGAGUUUACGUCCAUUAAAUUGCUACAUUUAACAGAAAGCAACAUAACUACAAUGACAACAAAUUAUGAAAGGCCGGAUAUAUCAACUAAUGUAGAUUGGACGUCUAAAUAUAAAACUAAUGCAACUGAUGCCACAUUUCUUUCAGUCUUUGCUCUGCAGAUAGAAUCGUCUAUGAAAAAGGAAAUGGUACAACUAGAAUAAAUUUCCAGGUAUGUAACACUCUAGUCUAGGUUAUUUAACUUACUAAUGAGGGUGUGCUCGAGUAUAAAUCAUAUUUGAAACAUGAUAUGAUUCUAUAUUUCAAGCAAUUCUGUUAGAUUAAAUAAAAUUAAACAAGAAAACAGUGUUUCGUGCAUCACACCACUUUUUUGUCUUUCCCUUUGCUCAUAACAACGAACAAAAUGUUAUGCUUUUUUAGAUGAGUCUAAAAUAGCAAUACAGGCACACUGAAAAUAUUUUUCAUUCUUCCCUAAAUUCCCUAA